UGUCUCUUUGCAAGAUGGUCCGACUCUUGAGCUCGACCUUGGUUCUCCUCGCUGCACUGCAGGUGAGUGGAGCCAGUCCAUCGGUUGUGACCCUCACAUCGAGCUAUACCAGCACCGCGGUAACGACUAUCACCACCUCCAUCCCGAGUGUCUCCAUCACCAGCACUUGCACCUGGGGUACUGUCGCUCCGACGGGUUGUGCCAAUACCAUCUGGUAUGAUGCAGGAAACUACUGGUCGGCCACGUGCACUACCUCCGCCUACAGUGCCAGUACCACCAAGAUGACCUACUCCUGGGUCAGCGUGGACGCGUGCACCGAUGCGUGCACCCACUACAGCAACUGCGCGGGCGUCAACUGGGAUGACAGCGAAACCUGCCGGAUCCUUGCCGGGUCACUGGAAUUGGUGCCAGCCUCGAGCAGUGUUUUGGCCGUCGAGCUCUUUUUUUUCGACCCCUGUACCUCGCGAGUGACCUCGUAUGUUCCGGAGACUUUGACUCGCACCUCGACUUCCGAGUAUACAUCUUUGAUCGUCUCCACCCUCACUCCCACUCCCACUCCCACUUCGACUCUGGGUGACACCCCAACGCCUACCUCAUCAACGUCGGUACAUCUCAUACCCUCUGCGUCGAGUGCUCCGGUUCUGUUCCCGCCCACAUCAGCGCGUUCGAGCUCCUCAGCUCCCGCCACCCUUCCACAGUCAUCCGGAAGCCCUUUGGCGACCUCGUCAUCCAUUGUCAGCACCAGAUCGUCCGCCACCGUCUCCCCUAUGACCAGCGCUGCACCCGCACCAUCCAGUGCGCCGGACGAGGUCGAGACUCUGUAUUCCACCAUUUACACCACCGAGUUGGUGACUUUCUUCACGGAGUGUGCGAUCUGAUCGACGUUCCAUGAUUGUACAUCAACAUCCUCUGAACCGGCAUCGAUGGAGGCAUGAGAUUAGGACGUUGAGCAUCGAUAAUGGACUCGGUGGGCUCAAGCUCGAAGAAAAGCGCUCAAAGAUCGCAUCGUGUAAUAUCGCUUCGGUUGCUUGAUAUAUGGUUCUGAGACCAAACAGCCUCGAUUAGCCUUAGCUCAACAAGUUAUGCUCAAGGAAGGUGAAA